GAAAGAAACCGAGAGCGCAUCCUAACGUUUUUGACAGGAGGCUCCCAGUUUUGCUUUCUUCCGCCUCGCUCGCUCUUUGGAUCGCGAGCCGAAGAAACCCUGUCGAUGAUGAUAGUCGCAGAGAAGGAAGGGAUUGCAAGAGCAGCCAGAGGCCCGGUAGCGGAUUGCCCGGCUGCCUCGCCUAUUCCGCCGCUAAAUUCCCGACCCCGCCGCCUCCACAAUUUCUCCUUCCCGACCCUCAGCUGGCGUGGCCAGCGCUUCCUCCGCUGCUCCAAACUCCCCAGCGGCGCCACUGUCGAACUUCCCGGAUCGGCCGAUCGCGACAACAGGACUUCCCAGAUGAAAUCUUCCCCUCCGAGGCCGUUGCCGGGGUUUCGGGAUUCGAAGGAGGGGGAAAGGAUAGGGAGCGAAGGACGGGAGGCAGAAAGGGACACCUCUUGUGCGGCGGCAGGGGCAGAGGCCACUAGGCCCUGGAAUUUGAGGACGAGAAGGGCUGCUUGUAAUGCACCAACCGAGCGGGCUCUGGCAAUGGAGAAGAUUAAUUCUCCGGUGAAGACGAUGAGGCUACGAUCAGAUGAAUCGGAGAAGGGUGAGACGAGGAAGUUCUCGAUCUCGCUUUCUCGGCCGGAGAUCGAGGAGGAUUUUUUCGCCAUCAAAGGCAGGAAACUCCCUCGGCGGCCAAAGAAAAGGGCUAAGAUUGUUCAGCGAGAACUCGAUUCACUUUUCCCUGGCUUGUUGUUGUUGUCAGAAAUAACUACAGACUCGUACAAAAUUGUCGAAUAAGAUCUUGGAGGAUUCCAAAAAGGGCGGUGCUUUUGUCAUAAAGCUUCAAACUGUUGUCUAUUCUUGGAGUCUUGUUUGUAAUCAUGACCAAGGUUAUGUAGAACACCCCGAUAAUCUGUAAAUUAUGUGAUUAAAUAAAUAAACCCAAAAA